AUGCCGGUGCGGUCAGCGGCGCAAUGCCGCCCCGUGGGACGUGUUUCUCACUCGUCCGCCGUCUGGAUCACAGACUCGAUGCUUCGGCAGGCCAUUGAGCACUAUCACCGCCAAUUCUCCGCUGCCGCGCCAUGUCGACGAAUCAGCUCACACUCCGGGCCCCUCGAGAGCCGCCGCCGCCAGCUGGGCAAGCGCAACAUGACGGGAAUUAUGCCCUCGUCGUCGACAUAUCCCCCGCUUUGGCACUUUGAGGUUGCCUGGGUUCCCAGCGAAUGGAAAUGGGAGCCGCCGUCUACCGUGGAGGAACGGAAGAGAAGGAAGCAGGCAAUCAGCCCCUCGGCACUUUUUGACGGCCUGAUAUCGUGGCUCGAAAAGUCGGAUGCCGACAAACCGUUUAUUCAACCUCCAGUGGCAGACGUGACCGCUUCUAGCGUAUCAACUGGAGAGGCCACUGCAACUGAAUAUGUGUAUGACGAUGUCUCUAUACCGCCAAAGGCACCCCAGGAGUUGGCGGUGCUACGAGACGGGAUUCUCCUACUUGAUAUCGUGGAUAUUGAGGCGUUGGAUAAGUUGAGGAAGCUGUUUCGGCGUGAUUACUUGCGCAGAAUGGAAACUGCGUCUCUUUCUGUCGAAGAACUACGUCUCGCAAUGGAGCCCCUCGACCAGGCUUUGAGAGACAAGAUAUCAGAUCCGAAAAUGGAAGAUUGGCUUGUCGCUAGGAUUCGUCGUAACCUCUUGACCGGUCUUGAUGUUGCCCAAAGGAGAAAUCCAGACAAUGUCGUUGUACUGGAUCUUUGGAUGACGUUUGCUACUACUCUUUGCACAUCAGGAGGCGGAUACCAGAAUAUCAGACUUAUCAAACGAAUGAUGAGCCUCAUGCCGCCCUGGGUCCGAGCACAGAUUCCCAUGGAUCAGAUGUUGACCUUGACACGAUGCUUUGUCGUGGCUCAAGCGAACAGUGGCAAUCUCUCUACAAGCUGGACAGCCACCGCAGCUCAAUUUGGGGAAAUCCUUUCGAUGUUGAAUCCCACACAAAUACAGGCUCUAGAUAUCGACAUUGGCAAUCUCCUUUCACAGCAAGGGCAUGACCUGGAGACAACGAGGAGAUUACGAUUUUCAUGGUUAAUGGCCAAGGCAUAUAACCCCACAGCAACAAACGAAGAGUUUACCCAAUCUUAUCGGGAUGCUGUAGAAUCCCAUGAGAUUGAUCUACGACAUCUCCAACUGUGGCAGAUUAUAGUCGGCCGAUUACAUUCAACUGGUGUAUUAGGUGUUGAUACCCACUCCGAGCUUACACGAAAGCAGUACAACUCUUUAUCACAACGGUGGAGAGCUUUGUUUUCCACGAUCUAUGGCCUUCCCAGCGCAGACAACGUCUUGACAGAGCUUUACAACUUCUUCAGGGAUAUUAACCAAACGGAUGCCCUAAUUCAAGCACUGUCUUCACUUCCUCUUUCUCGAAUGUCCAUCGACUCGGCUCGGACAAUAGCCACAGCAUGCGACGACCACAGGCUCGCCCUGCAGCUCUACGAAGCUGUUCGACUACGACACAGCCAGGGAACUCACAUCACAACAUGGGGCUGGGAGGCAUGGGUUCCGUACGUGGAGCGCAUCAUCAAAGAUGCAGAAAUCACACGGCCGGUGCACUGGGAAGUGCUCGACCUCACGCGGCUCGCAACGGCGCCCACCGCGGCUCCGGAGGAAAUCGCCCGCGAGAUCCAGGCCAAGAUGGCCCUCGUCGACAGAAUGGGCCAGUGGUACUUGGAGGCGCCGCACCUCAACGACCGUCAGAGGCUCCGGCGCCUGCAGCGCUGCGCAAGCGUCCAGCGAGCGCUGACCAGGGCCGUCUCGCCGCAGGUGCUGGCGCGCGUGGCCGACGUGGUGACACGGGACCUGCAAAGGGGCGAAUGGGGCCGCACGACGUGGUUGCAGUGGCUCCUGGGCAUGAUUGCGCAGACGCACGGCGACAAGCACGCCAGCGACGUUUCCAAGACGCUCGAUGGGUGGAGGUGGAUGGUCGACCGUCACAAGGGGCCUUGA